AUAUAAACAAAUAUGAACAGCAUAUAAACAAGUGAAUGAAGAAAAAUAUUCAAGGCUGAUUUCUAAGAGAAUCCCAAGACUCAGAACAACAUGCAGAUCGCUUACAACACAAAGUUUCAGCAGAUGCUCUGUGUUUCCCUGUUAUUAGACAUCGCUAUAUUGUUCAUUGUUACAGGAGCGAUCAGUAAUUGCAAUCCUGACAAGUAUAAAAGCUCCAAUUUUGAGAUGAAUUUGGAGAUGGUUCUGAAUGAUCUUGUGAACCAUACAUCAACCUCAAAUGGUUUCAACACCUCUGUCUCCGGCCAAAAUCCAGACAAAGCUUUUGGACUUCUGCAAUGUAGGGGAGACACAACGGAGGAGGGAUGUCUCAGCUGCUCAAAAGAUGCAAUCUCCACCGCUCGCCAGGUUUGUGGAAAUGCCACUGGAAGUAGAUUUUGGCUGGAGCCGUGCUUCUUACGCUACGAGAAUUUUAACUUCGUCGGACAACUAAGUACCAACGGGACGUCUGCUUACAGUCCGGCGAAGGUUAAGGGUGACCCUGCUGGGUUUAGUAUGGCAGUUAAGGCACUUUUCACAAAUCUGUCAGACGCAGCCCUUAGAUCUUCUUAUCGAUAUGCUUCUGGACAAACAAUUGUUUCUUCGUUUUACCAGAUAUUUGCUAUUGUUCAGUGCUGGAGAGAUAUAAGUUCUGUUGAGGACUGCAACACAUGCUUAAAAGUUGCAAUUAGAAGGAUGUUAGAGGCAACAGAUGAUGGAACUCAUGAAGGAGGUUGGGGUUGCUUGGGAAGUUGCAUUGCUCAUUAUGAAAUUAGCCCAUUCUUUACUCCUGCACCUCCUCCACCACCUCCUCCCCUGCAAAUGCCUUCUCGGCCAUCUUUAACACCCAAGAAGUCUUCAAUCAAAAAACGUUUAGUUUGGGGUAUUGUGAGUAGCUUGUUCGUGAUUUUAAUUUUAUGUCUAUUUGCAAUCCGAAAAAAAUUGAAGUCUGCUAUAGUAUUAAGAAAACCAGCUAGCACAAGGAAAGAGAACCUAUAUGGAGAGGUAGACUCAACGAUUGAGCACGAAACAAUCUUCAAUUUGGAAAAUAUCAAGGCUGCAACUCGAAAUUUUCAUGAUGAUAACAAGCUUGGAGAGGGAGGAUUUGGCACAGUAUAUAAGGGCACAAUGUCAAAUGGAACACACAUAGCGGUAAAGAAACAUUCUGUACAAUCAUUGCAAGGAAAAGAGCAGUUUCUAAAUGAGGUUAAUUUGAUUGCAAAAAUUCAACAUCGUAAUCUUGUGAAUCUACUUGGAUGUUGCAUAGAGGGAUUAGAACGCUUGCUAGUUUACGAGUUCUUGCCUAAUAAUAGCCUUGACAAAAUACUCUUCUAUCCAGAGAAGAGUAAAACACUUGAUUGGUACAAGCGUUUAAAUAUUAUACUUGGAGUAGCUCGUGGGAUUCUAUACUUGCAUGAAGAUUCUCAGUUUCCCAUCAUUCAUCGGGACAUUAAAGCAAGCAAUAUCUUGCUUGAUGAGAAAAUGGAGCCAAAGAUAUCAGAUUUUGGCUUAGCUAGACUAUUUUGUCGAGAUGAUACUCAUGUUAACACAAGGGUUGCGGGAACAUUUGGGUAUAUGGCACCAGAGUAUGCUCUAGGAGGUCAACUAUCUACUAAAGCUGAUGUUUAUAGUUUUGGUGUUGUCGUUUUAGAAAUUAUAUGUGGGAGAAAGAACAUUGAUAAUAGCUUGUUCUUUGAAUUUCAAAGCCUACUAGAAUGGGUGUGGGGAUCUUAUAGGGAAGGAAAUACUAUCAAUGUGAUUGAUAAAGAUAUAUUAGAAAGUGUCUCUAGAGAGGAAGUUUCAAGAUGCAUUCAUGUGGGUCUUUUGUGUACACAAGCAAAUGCAUCACUUCGUCCACCAAUGUCCAAAGUAUAUGCAAUGCUUUCAAAUAAUUUUGUGGGCAGCUUACCAGAACCGACAAAGCCUGCCUAUGUAAGUGUUACACAAACAAAUACCCCAUCACUUACAUCUACAUCUAUAUCAACUUCUAUAAGGAUAGUCAUUCCUAGUUCAUCCACAACUCAUUUGGUAUAGCCAUCUAUCAAUGACACAUCGAUAUAAAAUUUGGGUCC